GUGGCUGUGACGUAUUCUCAACUUCGACGUGCUCUUCAUUCUCUUUGAAAGUCCUUGUAAGCAUCGCCUGUGCUUCACUGAGAGUAAAGAAACCUGAGGAGUUCACGAUCUCAGCGCUCAGCGCUCAGCACAUACGCAUUACACUUGUACUUCUAGCUCAGUCUUGUCAUAUUUACUGAGCAGGCCCUGCUGCAGCUUCAAAGCUCAUAGCUAUCUUGCACCUCAUGUUAUAAACUUCCAUAACACCAUCAUAUAACAAAAUGACGAUGACAUCCCAACCACUUAUCCCCCUACCCUCUCAUGAUCAUACACGGCGACCCUCCCAAAGGCCAAUUGCACAACCCCGACCAAUUUCUCCACGCAUAAACCCACUCGACGCAGCUGAGAUCGACCGUUUUGCCACGUUGUUCUCCCCCGCAACGCCCCCAGCAACACCAAUACCUGUCGUUCGCGAUCAGCCCCCAACAACUCGCCCGCAGCAAACCAGAAAUCGCGCGCCCAGUGUAGAUUCCGAUUUCGGUGCCUUCGUAUCGGUGCCUGCUACUCAGGACCCGCUUUCAUUUGACUUUCCAGUGAUCGAACCUGUUGCCUUGAAGUCUCGAGGACCUGCCAUCACUGGGAACGCAAGCUUGCACUACUUUGAUCAGUUCACCUCCAGCGCGAAAACAGCUUCUGAGCAGAAUAGACGGGUUACACCGGCUCAAACUAGUAUCGAUACACAAUCACCGCCUUCGAUACCACAAACUGGGAUCUUAAUUGACGCAGAUAUCAACCCUCCUUCUCCUCCCCCACACAAAUUGCCUGUGCUCACUACGAGCAUAAGCUCUCAUUCUCCCGUGAAUAUACGUGCACCUCUUCCUCCCCGCCUCAGCGCAGCGGCCUCCCCCCCAUCAGCACACAUUCCUUCUACAUCAACCUCGUUGCCAUUCCCCUCUUCCACAGCCACGCCUCCAACACAUGCCACGUUAUCCCGUCUUUCCUCCACUUGGGUCUCAGCGUUCCUGCCAUCUGCUCGAUCUAGACAAUCCACGGGAUCUUCUACGUCAACCUUGGUAAAUUCGGCGCCUAGUAUCGUUCCUCACUCAACGUACAUGCAUGUACCGCAUCAGACAUCUGGCAUCACGAGUGGCACCCCUUUCGGCACUCACCCUUAUAUUCCACCAUCUGGUGCCCCUGGUUUCGCAGGCGAUCGGACCUGGGACAAGGGCUUCUCAGACGCACUCCAGGACGAGGAAAUGAGUGAAGUAAAGGGCGUAUUGGGAAAGGGGAAGAAGACGCAUGUUCUGAAUCUUGUUGGAAGGAGAGAGGGCACGACAGUGGUGCUGAGCGAGACCAUCGCAAAUCUCAUUCGUCCCCACCUUCCAGCGCUCACUCGUCUUCCACGAACAUGGACUCUGCUGUACUCGCUUGACCAGCACGGUAUCUCGUUGAAUACGCUGUAUUCCAGAUGUGAACCCAAGUUGCCGUCAACGCCCGGUGCCACAAAAGGGGCUCUUGUUGUAGUGAAAGAUGCGAGAGAUGCGAUUUUUGGCGUUUGGAUGGGGGAUGGGUUGUGGUUGGAAAGAGGAGGGUACUACGGGAGUGGCGAGUCCUUCCUUUGGAGAUACCAACGUCCUUCAAGCAAAGAGGACGAGCCAGAAGAGGGGACGCUUGAUGUGUACAAAUGGACAGGGAGGAAUGAUUACGUUGCGCUCUGUGAGCCCGGGUUCAUAUCUUUUGGUGGCGGAGAUGGACACUACGGUCUUUACCUUGAUGCCUCCCUCCUCGACGGAUCUUCCGCACCAUGCCCUACAUUUGAUAACCCUGUUCUAUGUUCUCGUGUGGAUGCUGGCGGCAUUGGCAUUAAAAAGGAUGUGAGCUUUGAGUGUGUAGGACUGGAGGUGUGGGGUGUAGGACCUUAAUUACUGUCGUUUUGUGAGUUGAUGGCUGAAAUUGAUAUUCUCUUAUUUCAUCUGCGUUCGAAGGCAAAUACCAUAGUUUUUCUAUUAGUUGAUCUCUUUCUGU